UUUCGAGGGUCUAUCAAAAUGGAAAAGGCAUGCACAGCUCUUUGGUCUCGGCCGCCGACAUGCCACCCAGACUAAGGAAGACCCGGAAACUUAGGGGCCACGUGAGCCACGGCCACGGCCGCAUCGGCAAACACCGGAAGCACCCGGGAGGCCGUGGUAAUGCUGGUGGCAUGCAUCACCACAGGAUCAACUUCGACAAAUAUCACCCAGGAUACUUUGGGAAAGUUGGUAUGAGGCAUUACCACUUCAAGAGGGACCAGAGCUUCUGCCCAGCUGUCAACCUGGAUAAAUUGUGGACCUUGGUCAGUGAGCAGACACGGGUAAAUGCCGCCAAGAACAAGACUGGAGCUGCUCCUAUCACUGAUGUGGUUCCAUCGGGCUACUACAAAGUUCUGAGGAAGGGAAAGCUCCCACGGCAGGCUGUCAUCGUGAAGGCCAAAUUCUUCAGCAGAAGAGCUGAGGAGAAGAUUAAGGGUGUCGGUGGGGCUUGUGUCCUGGUAGCUUGAAGCCACAUGGUGGGAGAUUCAUUAAA